AUGGGUGAAGAUUUGGCUAGUCUUGUCACGUCUGGUAACAAGGUUGACCAAGACAUGGAAAUAGAUAUAACUGCAGCAGCAGAAAAGCUUGCUGAAUGCCAGGAGACGAUUUUUCUUCUCGGCAAACAAUUGCAAGCAAUGCGUAAUCCUUCAGAACCACUGAACGUUUCUCCAAACUUCAGACUACGACGGGAUGAUCUUUCCAUAGAUGAAGCAGAAGCAGGUAACUUGAACUCUCCAGGUAUCUCUCGCCCUCGGCUUUCUUUUCAAGGAGAGAAAACAACAGAAACAGGAGGGGAAUCCCCAUUAUAUGGAUAUAAUUCCCAUAUGAGCCCAUCUGAUUCUGAAUCAAGCCCCUUCAGUAAAUCACCUAUUAGUACAAAUUACCAAAAACAAAAUAUUCACAGGUCAUCUUCUUCCUCUUCUUCAUCUAAUUCUAUGUCCGAGAAACAGGGACAUGGAUUUACCAGAUUUUUUUCCAAAGGGAAGACUGAUAAGUGAUGCGUACAUGAAAUAUUUAGGUAACAACACAAUGCUUAUACCGGCAUUUCUAAAUCAAAAUCUUCUGCAAUAUAAAUUACAUUUGAGCUGCAGAGUAUAAAGUGUGUGUUUUUAUUUUGUAGUAGGCCACUUUGUCGCUGGUUACUGUACAGUUUACAAGGCUUUUCUUGUCCAUUAUUAAGAUUUUUUUGUCCGUAUUGCAAGAUUGUUCAUUCAUUUAAAACUA